UACAGCAACUCGUGUUUUUAAUUUACAAUUUUGUCGAUCUACGUCCCAUUUUGGGAAAUGGCGCGUUCGCGCUUCGGUCUCUUUUACGAGGAUGCGUGUAAAGUAACUUGAUAGCGAAACCAAACUGAUCAGAAUGGGAUUACUUUUGUCGGUUUUAGUUAUUUGCGUUAGCGUGGUUGAGUUUCUGUCGAUCCUCUCCAAUUUUCGAAGGACUUUGGUGCCGCUUGCCCCAGCCGGCGAUUUGUCCCCGCUCGUACUACGCUAUGAGGAGGGGCUUCACGCGGAACGUAGAAGAAUUUUAGGUAUUUUGGAAAAGUGUAGAGAAUCUGAAGGUGCGAAUGAGAAUGGCACCUGCGCUCACGCAUAUGGCCCUACCGAGCCUCCUUCGCUUCCAAAAAUAAGGUGUAGCGAUGUUCGCAAUGACAAGAGAAUUGGUGAACGCGCACGUGGAAAUUCUGUAUGCGCUUUUAACAGUACCGAAUAUUGGGAAAAUUCUCAUGUCAUUGAGAAGCACGAGCUUAAAGUACCCAAACGGCGGGUGAAAUUUGGGUACAGUCUUGAAGAAGGCGAUCGAAAUUGGUCACGAACUCCAUCUCCCAUUUUCUUCAAAGUAGAAGAAAGCGACGAUUCCGCUCGAGAAUCUUCUUCGACUCUCCAGGACGAUGCUUGGGACGUCAACAAGAAGACCGUAUCUUCGGACGAGGACGAAAGUAAUCCCCAUUUCGACUCAGAUUUCCUACAGACACUCGACGGUGUGAAGAAACGCAAAUGUGCGCAUCGUAAUUUCGGGCAGAACGACAACGUAGACUCCUGGAAUCCGGAUCGGGUUCCUACUUGCUCAGAUGAGGACAGCGGAGUAUCAAGUGCUAACGGGCCGAUAUUGCACACUGAUAAAAGGAAACGUUCGUUUCGCAAGAAAAAGUACAGAAGUCGCGAGCACUCUUUUGAAUUACGUCCAAAAACCGCCGAAGUGUCAAGUUCCGAUUUCGAAACAGAUGCUCCAGAAAACGUCGACAAUAAUUCGUUGCCCUACGCAAAUGAACAAUUUGAGCCGGUCGAUCAGCAUUGUGACAAGGAGAGGAACUCCGCUUCUAACGCAUUUUGGCUUAUUUUUAGUGGCGAGUACACGAAGGCUAUGAAUAAAGAUUGGCAUGGACAACACUUCUGCUGUUGGCAAUGCGACGAAAGCCUAACCGGACAACGGUACGUUCUUCGAGACGAGCACCCUUACUGCGUCCAAUGCUACGAAACCGUGUUCGCGAACAGUUGCGAAAAAUGCAGCAAAACAAUUGGUAUCGAUUCUAAGGAUUUGUCGUACAAAGACAAACAUUGGCACGAAGCUUGCUUCCUAUGUGCAACUUGCGGAGAUUCCCUAGUCGAUAAGCAAUUUGGAUCAAAAGGUGAACGAAUUUACUGUGGGCGGUGUUACGAUGAGCAAUUCGCUUCCCGAUGCGAUGGGUGCGGUCAAAUCUUCAGAGCUGGAACUAAGAAGAUGGAAUAUAAAACAAGGCAGUGGCACGAGAAGUGUUUCUGUUGUAACGUCUGUAAAACUCCCAUUGGAACCCAGAGCUUCAUUCCGAGGGAGCAGGAAAUUUACUGCGCCAAGUGCUACGAGGAUAAGUACGCCACUCGUUGCAUCAAGUGCAAUAAGGUGAUUACAAGCGGAGGUGUAACUUACAAGAACGAACCGUGGCAUAGAGAAUGCUUCACGUGCACCAACUGCAAUACCAGCUUGGCCGGCGCUCGCUUUACCAGUCGAGAUGACAAGCCGUACUGCGCCGAAUGUUUCGGCGAACUGUUUGCUAAGAGAUGCACGUCUUGUAAUAAGCCAAUUACUGGUAUCGGAGGUACGAAGUUUAUAUCGUUCGAGGACAGGCAUUGGCACAACGAUUGCUUUUAUUGCGCCAAUUGCCGUACGAGCCUUGUCGGACGUGGUUUUAUUACUGAUGCGGAUGAUAUUAUAUGUCCCGAUUGUGCUAAGAAAAAUUUCAUGUAAUUUUUUUAUUUCUUCACGCUUCAUUUUCAAUUAGCUUUACUUUCGUUUUAGCAAUAUUUAAAUCUUAAUUUAUGAGGAGGUAAUUUUAUCAAUUAUAAGUGGGUUUAGAAUGUGAUGUUCACUAUGUGUCAUAAUUUAUUAACAUUCGCUUAUAUAAUCUUGUAUUCUAUCAUUAAAUAUUAAUUUCAAAGGUCACCCGGCAAUAAUUUUUUAACAUUUAACUAAAGACCUUUAAUUUAGCAAAAUUGUACUCAUAUAUUGUUAAUGUUAUGGAAAUGUACAUUUCGAAUGUGUGGCCUUAAAUUUGGAAUAACUAGAAACCUACCACGUUUCGUAGGUUGUGUGCCUCUAGUAGUUUUAACUUCAUCUAAAUCUGGUUAACUACCUGGUUAAUGUAGAUAAAAAAGCAAGUGUAUACAGCUUAAAGGCAUUUAUUGAGCUAAUUUGGUGCUACAUGAGUAGUUAGAAUGUUUAGUUUACAUACAAUAUUGAAUGUUAUUUUUUAAUAGUUUAAUCGUAUUUGCGAAUUUUAAAUGAUAUCUAAUACAUAUGUAAGCUUCAUUAAAUUAUUUAUAAUA